AUUUGUAUCAAAUGUGCGGAAUACUUUCCUUCUUGAAUAUAGUAAUUUUCAUUGACAAAACUUUUACGGAUAUUGGGUGGUUUGUACGUAUGAAUAUACGUAUAAAUUGGUUCUAGUGUUGUUUAGUAGUUUUUAUGAUUGUUAAUUUUUAUUAGCCGUCAUUUCAGUAGUAUUACCAUUCACGGUAUUCAUUGAUAAAUUGUGUACAAAUUGAAUGUUUGUAAUGCCUUGGUGAAUGAUAUAACUUUGGGUACAAAAUCACAGCUAAGCAGGUUAAGAUAAAAAAUAAAUAUUCCAUUAUUGAUUUGUUUAGUUGAAAUCUUGUUUGGUUGAGUAUUCUCGUCGAGUGAACCUAGUAUUCCUUAUGGAGUUCAGUUCUUUCGAUACCUUGGCCAUGGUGGUUAUAUCCAUAGUUUUUAACUGGGUGACAAUUGCCAAUGGAAUAAAUGCCAGUAUCAGUCUUCAUGUUGAAGGACUUGGGUUCCACAGGACUUUCAAGUACCGCGUCGACGUGAAUGAAGUUUCUACAGAAACUUCCUGUAUUGCUUUGUAUUUUGAAUUACCCUCGGCCUUGUACGUAGAUCCAGAUGAAUUAGCUGGUCUUCUAAGGCUUGGCAAACUCAUUGGUUGCUCUCAGGGCGAAACAAAUGUUGAAUUAUUUACCGAAAAGGCAGGCCCUCAAAACCUGACAAUUUGUUCUCCUAUAAGUGAUAUGAGUUCGAGUACUACUUUCUUACUUCCUAUUCACCGACGAUAUCAAUUUGCCAAACUAAAUGGCACUUAUGCACAAAUUUUUCUACAACGGCCGAGGCUCUUUAUAGGCAGUGUUAACAAAAAUGAGGAGCACAGAGUGUCUGUCGUGAACUUGUGCUCUCCUUGCACCAGUAUAUCCCACAAAUGGCUCGAGAUUUUCUAUGAGUUUGUAAGUACACCUGCAUAGUUGACAUUGAUGACUUCAGUACACCUCAU